AUGAACACCGUUUCGGCGUUGGCCCCGAUACGUCCAUUGGACUAUGACCAAGACUGUCUGGCAGCUCUAACAGCCGGGGCCAAAAAGGAGAUUGCAUACCUUUCCAUGUUUGGAAAACCCCUACAGCCCUUCCAACGCCUUCGCAGAGAGACCUACAACUACCAGCCGCAAUCACACCUCGAGCACAUUGCAAAUCUCAAGCAAUAUCUUGAAAUUGCCCCCAGCCUCAUCCCUCGCAGCAACCCCGCCCUGCAUCGUCCAGUCUUACGGCAUCCUGAUCUUCAACCCAACAUCUUCGUCUCUGAUGGACUGGAAAUUACUGGGCUGAUUGACCGGCAACAUGCCACGUUUCUUCGCCUUUUCCUACAAUGUUCCAUCCCCGAUAGUCCGCAAAACUAUGGCGACGUCGUCUCGGAGUCUCUUCAGGAGCCCAGCCUGCCCAGCAAUUUUAGUGAGCUGAGCCUAGAAGAGCAGGAACAACGAGCCGAACUCUUCCGGAAGCGUCAGCUUCGCUAUCUCUAUGUCCGAUUGACUUCAGAGAGAAACCCUGAACACUACGAUGCCUUGGCGUAUGAUUUCAGCACGCUGAGAAGGCGGCUGUUUCACUACGCAAGUGACCCAUGGGAGGGCGACAAUGUGACACUCAGAUCAAAUCUGAUCAGCUUAUCUCGAAAGUGGGCAGACAUCAAUGGUGGCACUGCACCACCUUGUCCACUUGCAUACUCGGAUGCCGAGUCAAAUGAAUGCAUGAGACUAACACGCGCACAAGCCGAAGCGGAUGAACAAUUUAAAGUGUGCCAGGAUCUGAUUGAUGUCGGCAGUGAGGAUUGGGUGCCUGCGAAUCAGUAUGAGGCAGCCAUGGAACGGAAUCUAGCCUUGAAGAAGGAUGUUCUCGAUGCCGCUGAAACAGCAGAAGAGAGCAAUGAUAGAAGAGAAUUGGAUCUUUGA